ACGGAAGAAAAUUCAAAAAGUAAAUAGAAUUACAUUUAACGAGAGCAAUGAACAUUUACAAUAUAUAUUCCAAAAUAGAAUAUUGAUAAAAAAAUAUAUAAUACAAAAGUUUCAUACACACAUAUAUACAAUUUUGAACUUUCUAUAAUGUUCGUCACUAUCUACACAAUGAACGAAACGAAACCGAGCUAAAAAAUCUCGAAUAACACCGAUACGCGUGCAUUUUAAAUUCAAAUCCAAUAAGGUGCCAUAAAAUGGCGCUUGUUCUGUUGCCGUUCUUCUGCAUUCGCCACUAGAGGUCCAUCACAAUCGAUGUGUCUUACACAAGUAGUUUGAUCUCUGACCUGAUUUCUAUUCCAAUAUCUAAACCACAAAUCUAUUACAUUGGCUUAUCAACGAAUUCAUUAGCACACUCAGAAUGAAACACUCGCCCUUUUCUUUUCUUCUGUCUUCACAUAAACCCUUUCAAUCGUUCCAAAAAUAACACAGUGUUCCUCUGAAGUGGCGCCAAUGUAUCGAACCGGCAUCGGUCAUGUGACAAUAUGAGCAGAGAACUGUGCGCAAAAGAAGUAAAUUGGGCGCCUAUCACUAGUGAUGGGUUCAAGUUCAAUAUGUACUCACGAAACGAAGUUACAUCUGAUACAAAAAGUUUACUUCGUACAAUUCAAUUGUCUCGUAAUUAGGUUCGAGUAUGUGCUCUUGAUUUUAUUUAAAUAUAGAUAUUUCAAUUUUCUUGAAUACGUACAAGAAAUUCGAACAUUCAAAAAUCAAAUUUUGGUCAAAAUAACUACGAACCACCAUAAAAAGUAUAAUAUAUGUUUUGCAUAUUAAGUAUUAUUAAUUUCACAUCCAAAAUCUAACACUUGAUUUUACGUUGUAUUUCAAAUUUAAAUAUUGUAGGUGCUUCUUUGCGAAACUAUAAUAUUCGUUUGUUAUAUCGCUUGCUCGUUCAGCAGAGACAUAUAGUAUACUUAAUCCAUGCUUGAUCCCAUCGCUAUACGACUGGAACCGCGUUUUACUGUGGCGCUGUGACUGAAGCGAUCCCUAAGGGGCACUAGCCAUACUCCAUUCCCGACUAUAAAGCGUAGCAUCUACUCAUACUAAGACCAGUAUUCACCGGGUCGAGAGCACGCUCGGUACUCCGUGAACUAUUGAAAAAGAUGCACGAGCGUGCGGCUGUCUUUGAUCGUACAUCUAAAAUUGUUUAUCUUUUGCUCGAAGAUGGUUCUGUCUUUCCGGGAAGACAUUUCGGCGCGGAGAAAUCGGUCGAUGGUGAAAUUGUGUUCCAGACCGGUAUGGUGGGUUACCCAGAGUCGCUCACAGAUCCUUCUUACCAUGCUCAAAUUUUAGUAUUGACAUAUCCGAUAAUUGGAAAUUAUGGAAUAUUCAACGAUGAGGUGGACCAACAUAAAAUACCAUAUUGGUUCGAAUCGCAUCGAAUUUGGACGGCUGCUCUGGUGGUCGGUGAAAUUUGCGAAACCCCGAGCCACUGGCGGCAAUCCAGAACGCUGUCCAGUUGGAUGAAGAAACAAAACAUUCCAGGCAUAUACGAGAUCGAUACCAGAGCUCUGACAAAAAUCAUUCGCGAGAAAGGCACGAUAUUAGGCAGGAUCGUGUACGAUCGGCCGAUUUCUAAUCCCGUUUCAUCGCUGAUCCCUCCGAUAGCCGAUCCGAACAAGAGAAAUCUGGUUGCGGAAGUGGUUCAGCCUACACAAAGAACGUACAAUUCCGCUGGUUAUCCCCGCAUAUGUGUAAUAGACUGCGGUCUAAAGUACAAUCAAUUGAGGUGCUUGAUAAGUCGAGGUGCUCGCGUGGACGUCGUGCCUUGGAAUUACGAUUUAAGCAAAGCCACUUACGAUGGCCUGUUCCUCAGCAAUGGACCAGGCGAUCCGAGCAUGUGCAAAACCACGGUGGAAAGUAUUCGAUCCAUUCUGAAAUCGAAAACGCAGAAGCCGAUUUUCGGUAUCUGUUUGGGACAUCAGUUGCUCUGCAUUGCCGCUGGUUGCAUCACAUACAAGAUGAACUACGGAAACCGUGGUCAUAAUCAACCGGUCACGCAUCACGGAACCAGUCGUUGUUACAUGACCUCGCAGAACCACGGAUUCGCGGUCGAUGCGAAACAAUUACCAACUGAUUGGGAACCGCUCUUCACGAAUACGAACGACAACAGCAACGAAGGUGUCGUGCAUUCGACACUUCCUUAUUUUUCGGUUCAAUUUCACCCGGAACACACUGCUGGCCCUCAAGAUCUUGAAUGCUUGUUCGACGUGUUCCUAGAAGUGGUGGUCGACACAGCAAAAGGAGAAAAAUCAGUCUCCGUGAAGGAAAGACUGAAUAGAAAAUUAAACUUCGUGGAGGAUAUGAUGCUGGAUUUGUCUGUGCGACCGAAGAAAGUGUUGAUUUUGGGAUCCGGUGGUCUCAGUAUCGGUCAGGCGGGUGAAUUCGACUAUUCAGGAUCGCAAGCGAUCAAGGCGUUGCGCGAAGAAUGCGUGCAAACGUUGCUGAUCAAUCCAAAUAUUGCGACUGUGCAAACAUCGAAAGGCAUGGCCGAUAAGGUCUACUUUCUGCCGAUUAUUCCGGAAUAUGUGGAACAGGUGAUACAAUCAGAGCGACCCGAUGGUGUUCUCUUAACAUUCGGUGGGCAGACUGCUCUCAAUUGUGGUGUCGAGCUCGAAAAAAACGGAAUAUUCAAGAAGUACAAUAUCAAAAUUCUUGGAACUCCUAUACAAUCAAUUAUAGAGACAGAAGAUAGAAAGGUCUUUGCAGAACGCAUCGCAGAGAUCAAUGAAAAAGUUGCCCCAAGUGCGGCGGUGUACUCUAUUCAAGAGGCAUUAGACGCAGCCGAGACAUUGGGCUAUCCAGUGAUGGCCAGAGCAGCCUUUUCUCUCGGAGGAUUGGGCUCUGGUUUCGCGAACUCCAUGGAAGAGCUACGAAACCUCGCGCAGCAAGCGUUCGCUCAUUCAAACCAAUUAAUCAUCGACAAAUCGUUAAAAGGCUGGAAAGAAGUGGAAUACGAAGUCGUUCGCGAUGCCUACGACAAUUGUAUCACCGUUUGCAACAUGGAGAACGUGGAUCCUCUUGGUAUUCAUACAGGAGAGUCUAUCGUCGUCGCUCCAAGUCAAACACUGUCCAACAAGGAAUAUAAUAUGCUUCGUACCACCGCUAUUAACGUGAUUAGACACUUUGGAAUUGUUGGCGAGUGCAACAUUCAAUACGCGCUCAAUCCAAACACCGAGGAGUAUUAUAUAAUCGAAGUGAAUGCGAGAUUAUCUCGUAGCUCCGCAUUAGCGAGUAAAGCGACUGGCUAUCCGUUGGCUUAUGUGGCCGCCAAAUUGGCUCUUGGUAUUCCUUUACCGCACAUUCAUAAUUCCGUUACGGGAAAAACCACGGCUUGUUUCGAGCCCAGUCUCGAUUAUUGCGUAGUUAAAAUACCGAGAUGGGAUUUGAGCAAAUUUCAUCGUGUCAGCACAAAGAUUGGCAGUUCAAUGAAAAGCGUGGGAGAGGUGAUGGCGAUCGGUCGGAAAUUCGAGGAAGCUUUUCAGAAAGCUUUGAGGAUGGUUGACGAGAAUAUCAAUGGUUUCGAUCCGUACGUGAAAUCUCCGAACGACGAAGAACUAGAGAAACCUACCGACAAGAGAAUGUUCGUCCUUGCAGCAUCCAUAAAAGCUGGAUAUACCAUCGAUCGAUUGUACGAUCUCACGAAAAUUGAUAGAUGGUUCCUACACAAGAUGAAAAAUAUCAUCGACUAUUAUUUAGUAUUGGAAAACACAGAUCAUACGAAACUGUCACACGAAGUUUUAUUACGAGCGAAGCAAAUUGGAUUUUCUGACAAGCAAAUUGCGGCCGUGGUUAAAAGUUCGGAAUUAGCUGUUAGAAUACAAAGACAGGAGAAUAAUAUACGACCGAUGGUGAAACAAAUAGACACGGUUGCUGCGGAAUGGCCGGCUACGACAAAUUAUCUUUAUUUGACGUAUAAUGGUACUACACACGAUGUUGAAUUCCCUGGCGGAUAUACGAUGGUUAUAGGCUCUGGAGUUUAUCGAAUCGGUAGUUCGGUAGAAUUUGACUGGUGUGCUGUCAGUUGCUUGCGGGAAUUACGAAACUUAGGAAGAAAAACGAUCAUGGUGAACUACAAUCCGGAAACAGUUAGCACUGACUACGAUAUGAGCGAUCGAUUGUACUUUGAAGAGAUAUCGUUCGAAGUCGUAAUGGAUAUUUACGAUCACGAAUGUCCGGAAGGAAUAAUUUUAUCGAUGGGAGGUCAGCUUCCAAAUAAUAUUGCUAUGGACCUUCAUAGGCAACAAGCUAGAAUUCUUGGAACUUCACCGGAAUCUGUCGAUGGAGCUGAAAAUCGUUUUAAAUUCUCUCGUAUGCUGGAUGGCAUUGGAAUUUCACAACCUAGAUGGAAGGAGUUAACUAAUUUAAAAUCUGCCAUCGAGUUUUGCGAGGAAGUCGGUUACCCUUGUUUAGUGCGUCCUUCUUACGUAUUAAGUGGUGCUGCAAUGAACGUGGCUCAUUCGAACCACGAUCUCGAAUCGUAUUUAAAAAGCGCCAGUGAAGUGAACAAAGAGCAUCCAGUAGUUAUAUCGAAGUUUAUUCUCGAAGCGAAGGAGAUUGACGUCGACGCAGUUGCGUAUGAUGGAAUUAUCCUUUGCAUGGCAGUAUCAGAACACGUGGAGAAUGCUGGCGUUCAUUCGGGUGACGCUACUCUGGUCACACCACCACAAGAUAUCAACGCGGAAACGCUGACGAAGAUUAAAAUGAUGUCCAAGGCUAUUGCUGCGUCUCUUGGUGUCACUGGUCCUUUCAAUAUGCAACUUAUCGCAAAGGACAAUGAGCUAAAAGUCAUCGAGUGCAACGUCCGGGUGUCGAGAUCUUUCCCGUUCGUGUCGAAAACUCUGGAUCAUAAUUUCGUGGCUAUGGCCACGCGAUUGAUCGUAGGAGAGACUGUAGAUCCAGUAGACGUACUUGCCGGAUGCGGCAAAGUCGGUAUUAAAGUACCACAAUUCUCUUUUUCGCGUCUUGCUGGAGCCGAUGUAAUGUUGGGUGUAGAGAUGGUAUCUACUGGGGAGGUGGCUUGUUUCGGAGACAAUCGGUACGAAGCUUACUUGAAAGGAAUGAUAAGCACCGGCUUUCAUAUACCGCAGAAAGGCAUCCUGCUUUCAAUUGGAAGUUUUAAGCACAAAAUGGAACUGUUACCCUCUAUCCGUAGUCUUCACAAGAUGGGAUAUAAAUUAUACGCCAGCAUGGGGACAGCAGAUUUCUAUACAGAGCACGGAGUGGAGGUGGAAUCUGUGCAGUGGACCUUUGAGAACAUCACUGUCAAUGAAGAUUCCAGCCCGAGUGAACUUCGACAUUUGGCUGACUUCCUUUCGAAGAAACAGUUCGAUCUCGUUAUUAAUCUACCGAUGAGAAACGGCGGGGUGCGUCGUGUUUCCAACUUCAUGACACAUGGAUACAGGACGAGAAGGCUUGCUGUUGACUACUCUGUUCCUUUAAUUACGGAUGUCAAGUGCGCGAAAUUACUCGUUGAAGCUAUGAGAUUGCUCGGCAGACGUGCACCUCGUAUGAAGACUCAUACAGAUUGUAUGUCAUCGCGAACGAUGAUUAAGCUUCCUGGUUUAAUCGAUAUUCACGUACACACACGUGAUCCUGGCAGUAUCUACAAAGAAGAUUUCGCUUCUUGUACCGCUGCUGCUCUCGCUGGCGGUAUCACGAUGAUUUUCGCGAUGCCCAACACAAAUCCUGCAGUCGUCGAUCAUCAAUCUUUCGCCUUGGCCAAAGAACGAGCGGUUUUGAAUGCCAGAUGCGAUUAUGCAAUUUACAUUGGCGCCUCGUCGGAUAAUUAUAAUAUAACACCCGAGUUAGCUCCAUUGGCAGCAGGUCUCAAAAUGUAUCUCAACGAGACGUUUACGACGCUUCGAUUAACCGACCUUACCGUGUGGAUUAAACAUUUUCAAAGCUGGCCAAAGAAAUAUCCUCUUUGCGUUCACGCCGAGAGUCAAACGACUGCUGCGGUUCUUCUAUUGGCUGGCUUGCACAACAGGCCGAUACACAUCUGUCACGUAGCUAGGAAGGAGGAGAUCCAAAUAAUACGCGCGGCCAAGGAAAAAGGAAUGGCUGUCACUUGCGAAGUAUGUCCUCAUCAUCUCUUUCUAUGUGUGGACGAUCUUGAACGUAUAGGGCCUGGUCGGGGUCAAGUAAGACCAAUAUUAGGAACUAAAGAAGAUCAACAAGCUCUUUGGGACAAUUUGGAUGUAAUCGAUUGUUUCGCAACAGAUCAUGCACCGCACACCGUGCAGGAAAAAUCGGGCGAGAAACCACCACCUGGAUUCCCCGGACUCGAGACAAUUCUUCCGCUUCUCUUGACCGCAGUUCAUGAAGGAAAAUUAACGAUAGAGGAUAUAAUAGACAAGCUCUACAGAAACCCAAAGAAGAUCUUCAAUGUGCCAGAUCAGCCAAAUACCUACAUCGAAGUUGAUCUUGACGACGAGUGGGUUAUUCCUGAUGCGAUGCCCUUCAGCAAAUCGAAAUGGACUCCUUUCGCAGGAAUGAAAGUUCGUGGAUCGGUUCAUCGGGUAGUUCUUAGAGGAGAAGUGGCCUACGUCGAGGGCCAAGUUCUGGUUAACCCUGGUUUUGGCCAAGAUAUUAGAGAGAUGCAAGCAAAGAUGAAACUUCAAACAAUUCCGAAUGCCCUGAUGGUGGAUAUAGGAUGUCAGAGUCGACCGGGUUCGGCGUUAGAUGGCCUUUUGUCACCGAGUUAUGAGAAGUACAACAAUUACAACGAACGGGUAACAGACAUGUUACCUUCCUCGGAGGAAGAGCAGAGUAAUAUGGAAAUUUGUUUCGAUGAAAAUAGUAUUCGUCAUUCAGAAGAUAGCAUUUGGGAGAAAGACAUAUAUGCGCAAUUGCAAAAUUGCAUAUCGAAUAAAACGAACGUUCACUUCGCCCUAGACAUAGAUUCCCGCGAGCAUAUGAAACUUCUAACAACAACUCAACAACGCACCAUCUCUCCACUUCCCAUUACCAAUGCAACGAAAUACAAGAGUGAUAGUAAUCCAAAUCUUCAACUGACUCCUGUGCCAUCAGUCUGUUCGAUUCACACUAGUCACAAUAUAAUCGGACACAACAUUCUGACAGUGGACAUUUUCAACAAAGAACUACUGAAAGACGUCUUCAAUCUUGCGGAAUCUCUUCGCAACGCUGUUAGGAAGGAACGACCACUGGAUCAUGUUCUGCGGGGAAAAGUGAUGGCAUCAAUUUUCUACGAGGCUAGUACAAGAACUUCUUGCAGCUUCGCGUCUGCAAUGGAACGACUCGGAGGUCGAGUGAUAUACAUGGAUGGUUCAACAUCAUCUGUGAAAAAGGGAGAAAGUUUGGAAGAUUCGGUAACAGUAAUGGCUGGUUAUGCGGACGUAGUUGUUCUUCGACAUCCUGAACCUGGCGCUGUUUCGAGAGUUGCACAACAGUGCAGAAAACCUUUAGUGAACGCCGGCGACGGUGUAGGAGAACAUCCAACUCAGGCCUUGCUCGAUAUUUUCACCAUAAGAGACGAGAUCGGUACGGUGAACGGUUUAACGAUCACUAUGGUCGGCGAUUUGAAACAUGGUCGAACGGUUCACUCGCUCUCAAGAUUAUUGACAUUGUACAAUGUCGAACUUCGUUACGUGUGCCCUCCUGGCCUUGAUAUGCCUGAUCAUGUGGUGAAGUAUGUGUGCGAACGCGGAAUAUCUCAGGAACGAUUCAGCACCCUCGAGGACGCUCUUCCUGAUACGGACGUUCUUUACAUGACACGCAUUCAAAGAGAACGUUUCGCUACACAGGAGGAGUAUAAUAAGGUUUGUGGACAUUUCGUAAUAACACCGCAGUUGAUGUCACGCGCUAAGAGGAAGAUGGUCGUGAUGCACCCCUUACCACGAGUGAACGAGAUCAGUACAGAUUUCGACACGGAUCCACGUGCAGCUUACUUCCGGCAGGCUGAGAAUGGCGUUUACGUUCGAAUGGCUCUGUUGGCAAUGGUCCUUGGUCGUGCAUGACACAUUCUAGCAUGAAAACCACGUUGAUUUAUUCGGUCAAGAUCAACUGGAUUUUCAGAAUCCGUAUACAAGUAAUGACGUGUGAAAAAGAAAACGAGACGUUCCCGAUUGCAUUUUCAAUGAGACUGUGAUUCGCAUAAUACUGUUCUUUUUUUCUUUUUUUUUUUUCAUCAUUGACCAAUAGUUUCAUAUUUAGAACGCAGGUAAGAAGCUAGACAACAGAGAACAUAUGCAGUGAUGGACAAAAUUAAAUUUGUAUUAAAAGUUUUCAAUUAAUCCUUUAAAGUCUAUUUUGGUAAUACUGCAUAAUGCAACGAACUUUGCAUAUACAUAUAGUUUUUUAUAUAUACAAAAAUAGAUGUUUAAAAUAGAAUAGUAUUUCAUAAAAAUUUAUCAAUGUUUAUAGAAUAAUGAAAUAGGAAAGAUGUUUCUUAAAAUUCAGUUAGUCCUUAAGGAGUUAAACACUCGUUUAUUCUAGGACGCACAAUGAUUCUGAAUUCCACGACAAAAAGACAAUAGUCAAUAAUAAAACUCAGAAUUCGAUAAAAAUGCAUUUUCGAUAAAAUUUUAUCUCUCUGCGUUUUUUACAAAGACAGUGAAAUUUUAUCAUGUAAUUCCUCUGUGUGCAAGUAAGAAUGAAAUCGCAUACGUGCAAGAUAAUAAAGUCUUUUAUUUUUGACAAUACAUUUAUAUACAUUUCUCCCGUUUGCAGUAUGUACACGUAAUAUAAAUAGAUAUGUAGUGAAAUAAUGUACAAUUUGUAUUGAGAGCGCUGACGUGCCACAUGUUGCGUUCACGAUAAGCAAAUAUAUUCGCGAUUAACGUCAGCGAUUUUUCCAAACAUU